AACAUCAUGUCGCUCGACCUUGAUAUUGACGAAUUCUCCAACAAAAACCUUCGAGACCUCAUCAAUGAGCCGUCGUUCGACGUGGACCCGUUUCUCCACAAGAACUACCGGUUCGAGUCGAUUGAUUUGCUUACCAAAGAGCUCGCGGUCCUCCACUCGCAGCUCAACCAGGAAUUGAUACACCUCAUCAAUAACAAUUUUGACCAGUUCAUCAAACUCAGUCUCAGCUUGGACGGCUCGGCCGAAUUGAUCAACUCGAUUUCGGUAGACUUGAAUAACUUCAACUUGAAGCUCCAAGCAGUGAUUUUCAAGUUCAAUAAGGUCAAUGGCCAGUUUAACCAGGUGUUACAGUUUCAGACAGACUUGAAUCGGGUCAAGUUUAAAAUCAACGCGGUUUUGUUGACCAACAAGCUCAUCAGCAACUUGGACGGGCUCCUUGUUCUUGGGUCCACGGGAUCGCCGAACCCCAAACAGUCAGUUCAGUUGGCAAAGAAUAUGUUGAAUUUGAGCUUGAACAUUAACAAUUUACAACUAAUUACCAACCACGGUUUGGUAAAUCUCAAGAAGUUCAAGAGUUUACUAUUGGAGCUCAGGUCCUUUUUGGGAAGCUUGAAGAACUUGGAUUCGGAGGACAAGUUUGAGUUGUUCAAGGUGAGAAAGAUUCUUGACUCGAUCAAUCCGUAGGAGUUAGUCACACCUGUUUUAUUCAGCGGACACAAGAACAAUGCAUAGCCUGGUCUUUUUAUUGAACACAUACGUUGGAGUUCAAGACUAGGCCGGUAGUGACUGGGUUGAACUGCACUACUAAAAAACUGAUUAUCCAUACUGCAGAAUUCACCUACUACCAAAACAGGACACUGGAGACCUAGUGCAACAGAAACGAAGGAGAUUAGCACUCUUUCUACGAUAGAACUAAUGGGUGCUCACGCUUCCUAUACCAGAACUGGGGUUCACCUUUUCUACAUAAGAAAUGGUUUAGUAACUUUCAACAUCAGAACUGGUGCGCGGAGCUGAGUCUGUAUCGGCCAUCCAAAUGGUUACACAGUUAAAUACACAACAAUUGAUGGGUUCUAUUGCCUGACAGUUCAGUUUCUUCAUGUUGGGAUCAUCUGUUUCAGCACAUUGACUUAUUACUGCAAAAAUCGUAUUGGUGCUGUUGACUUUUUCUUCCCAGCUAGUGCAUACCUAGUUUAUUCGCAGAAAAGCCCAUUUCCUAGGUUGCAUCUACCACGCACACAUACACCAGCUCCCACCAAGGAUAUCUACGUACACAAAGUCCCAUUUCAUCAAUAUACUUUUCAUACUCUGCCAUUC